AUGACCGACGCCAAUUGCAAACUCUCCCGAUUGGUCAUCACAAGCACAAUAACUAGAUCUGACCAUCGGUCGUUCACUGCCCUACCUAACCAGUGCGCCCAGACCUCGGGUCGCAGCGAGCUGGGAGGCAAUAUUUUAGGAUGUGGCGGUUUUAUAAAAAGUCACAUAAAUAUGGAUUUUUCCAAAGUUGAAAUAAAAUUAUUUACGAAACAAGGCAGCCUCCGCGAGAAAACAGACUGUGCCCCCAACGGCUACUACUUCCUCCCUUUGUACGACCGUGGAGAAUAUGUCCUGAAAAUCUAUCCACCACCAGGAUGGAGCUUCGAACCCAAUCAAGUAGCUCUGAAUGUUGAUGGAAAGACUGAUCUGUGUUCUUCUGGAAAGGAUAUAAAUUUUGUGUUCAAAGGAUUUGGGAUAACUGGUCAAGUUGAGAUUUUGGGGCAGACCAAAGGACCUGAGGGUGUCAAGUUGGAACUGUUGAUGGAAGGAAGUCAGGAGAAGAGGGAGACUGUGACGAAUGAUGUUGGGAGCUUUUAUUUCACGCCUGUGUUUCCUGGGAAAUAUGUUGUUAGAGCAACUCAUCCUAGGUGGUCUUUUGCCAAAUCUGAAGUAUCAGUCACUGUAACAUCUGGAAAUACAGAUUUGCCUGCAAAGAGUUUGGUUAUUGACGGUUUUGAUGUACAGGGAACUAUAAACACAGCAGAUGUUUUAAUUGAUGAUAUAUAUAUUGGAAUUUUUGCUGAAAAAAAUGUCCCGAUGCAAUCAGUGAAAGGCUGUACCAAAGAAGCAAUGCCAAAUUUCAAGACUACAAGUUCCUCAAAAUAUUUGUGUUAUGUUAAAUCAGAACAAAAUGGAAAGUUCAACAUCAAAUCGUUGCCAUCGGGCACUUAUGAACUGGUUCCUCAUUAUAAUAAUAAUAAAAAUAAAGUUCAAUAUACAUUCAGUCCUAAGUCCCAAAAAAUUGUUGUGGAUCAUUCCAGUGUUGUCGUGCCAACAUCUUUUGAGGUUACAGGAAUAACAGUAUUCGGUAAAGUUUCAACUGCUCCCAAUGGCAAAGCAAUAAAAGGAGCUGAAAUCAUCAUAGACGAUAAACAAUUAACAAUUACAGAUGAACAAGGAAAUUUUGUAUUGAAAGAUUUCAAACCAAAUACUUAUGAAAUAAAAGUUAACGCAGAGGGCAUGAAGUUCAUUCCAAGAAACAUUCAAGUAACAUUGAAGAAUCCAAUAAUCCCCGAAAUAUUCCCUGAUGAGUUCAAAGUCUGUGGACAAGUCGUAUCGAACGACAAACAUUCCGUAUCAAUUCUUAAAUCAGGCGCAACCAACAAGAUAGUUGUCCAGACUACACCAGGAAGUGGAAAUUGGUGUCAGUUUUUGGCACCAGGAACAUAUCGGGUCGAAGUUGUGGUGGAUGAUGUUCAGAAAAUCGGAAGGACUACAUAUCAAAAUUUCUUUUUUUUCAGAUUCUUCCCUGUGUCGCAGUCCAUAGAUGUCGCACAAGGACCAGUAAGUGGCGUCGUCUUCUCGCAACUCAAAGCGGUCGUUUCUGGAACUAUUGACUGUCUCGCCGGUUCGUCUCCUGAUUGUAACAAUCAACAAGUAGUUCUGAAAUCGCUAAACAGCGAUGGAAGCUACUCCGGAGGAGACUUCAAAGUCAGCGCUAAUAAUGGUAAAUAUGUAUUUGAAAAUGUGCUUCCUGGCUCUUAUGAAGUAUUACUAAACCCUGGUGUGCUCUGCUUCGAGAAAACAAGCCAACAAAUAACAGUAACAAAAGAAAAACAUCAAGUUCCUGCUUUCAAACACACUGGAUACUCUGUAGUGUUUGAUAAUAGUCACAAGACAAAGAUGACCUAUUCAAAUAACAAAUUCCAAGAAACAAUCUCGCUAGAAGCUGGUGAGUCUAAAAUCUGUGUCCGAGACCAAGGUGUAUACACAAUGAGCUUUGAAAGUUGUCACACUUACGGCAAAUCAGCCGAAGAUUUAACUUUUGAUACAAGAAACUCCCCAAAACCUGUCAAGAUUGUGGCUUUGACUCAUGCUCAUGGCAUCAGGGUGGCGACUCCUGUUAAAGUUAAUGAUUUGUAUGUCAAUGUUAAAAUUGACAACGAACCUGAGAAAAAGGUUUACCUCUCAGAUAAAAACCUACUUACGUCUGACAGCAACAAGUAUGUCUACCAUCACACAUUACAAGUGGCUUCAGACAGUUUCGUACAAGUGCAACCAAUUUCUGAGAAACUUCUGUUCGAGCCCAAUAAAAUUGAAUUUGUUGGCAGCAACGACUGCAAGGACCAAGCUGCUGAGACUAUAAAUGCUAGGAUUGGAAAAGUUAUAGAAGGGCAAGUUACACCGGCUAUUGAGGGCGUUGUGAUCACCAUCGAAGCACCAGGUUUGCGUUUAGUGGCUCAAACCGAUAAGAGUGGCCGAUACAAAGUUGGCCCAAUUGAUGGAUCAAUUGAUUACAAGUUAUCAGCCGAGAAGGAUUCUUUCAUCUUUCAAGAGCAGAAUGGAAAUUUCAAGGCUCACAAAUUGUGCGAUAUCACAGUCUCUAUUCUGGACGUGGAAACUGGAAAGUCUUUGCAAGGGGUGCUUUUAUCCUUAUCGGGAGGUGAAGGUUAUCGAAAGAAUCUUCUUACAAAUCAAAAUGGUGCUGUUGUCUUCAAUUCAUUAAUGCCUAGUGACUAUUACCUUCGAGCAGUGAUGAAGGAAUAUGUCUUCGAACCGGCUUCGAAAAAAGUAGAAGUCAAAGAGGGACAAAGUGUUAAACUUGAAAUCAAAGGCAAAAGAACAGCCUUUUCAGCCUUUGGCUCAAUAACAUCUCUGAAUGGAGAACCAACUCCUAAUGUGGAGGUUGAAGCGGUUGGUCAAAACGAAUGUUCACAAUAUAGCGAAGAGGCUACUACAGAAACGAGCGGAAUCUUCAGGAUCAGAGGUCUGCAACCGAAGUGCACGUAUGUACUCAAGGUCAAAAGCGGCAACGGGUUCAAUAAACAUAUUGAUAGGUGGACGCCACGUGAGAUCGAAGUGCAGGUCCUGGACAAGGACAUUGAAGGCUUAAAAAUCAUCGUUUUCCACCCCAUAACCCAAAUGGACGUAACAGCUCACAUAACAGCAAGCAACAUCGACCACUACAAAAGCCUCCGCGUAAAACUCUUCCGAGAAAACUCCAUGGAUUCACCACUGCACAGUGUGAAACUAGAAAACCCCAACUUCCAAAAAGGCGGACGCAACCCAGGACUACGUGUUAUGUUCCCCAGAAUCCCCCUGGAUGGCAAAAACUACUUCGUGCAACUCGAAUCAACUUUAUCACCGAACCAAUAUAAAUACCACACACCAGCUGUACAAUUCCUGGCCAGCAGUUCCUUUAAACACAUAAAUCUGGAUUUCAAUGCCACGACUAAGGCGUCGGAACAAGAUUUGAACCAGACCAGCAUGUUGGCUUUGCCGAUGAUCAUUCUGGUGUCUUUGGUGUUUUUCAAUCAGCAGAAAGUAAGCGAUUUUUUGCAAAUUGUUGGUGAUAAGUUGAGCUCGGUCCAAUUGAAACCGAGUAAUAGUCAAUUUGCAGUUCAACAGAAUGUUGUGGUUGAUCAUCGAGAGAUUGAACAGAUUGUGCAGAAUAUUAAUGCUGUCAAAAAGAAGCCAAAGCCAAAGAAGAUUUAAGUAGACAAGCAAUAGUCAAAUUUAUAGGUUUUCAGUCUUAUUUGUAACAAGAAUGUAAAAUGCAC